GGGCGUGGUUUCACUUGGAGGCGUGGCUUCAUGGAUUAGCUAUUAGAACGUGUCUUUAUCAUGUGAGACACUGUGGUCUACAUUUUUGUUAUUCAGUUUUGUCUACAAAAAUAAUCUGUAUGGACGAUUUUUCAGUCACAAAAAAGUAUACAUCUUCAGAAUAAACACCUUAACAAUUCCGACCCCAAGUGUUAUAUUUUGAGCUUUGUAUGUGUUUGUGGACCCACGCACUGCUGCUGCUGUUGUUUAUAUGAAGACUAGUGUGUGCCCUUUGUAUCAGAGAUUCAGAGCACGUUUUCUAUGUUAUUGGCUGCUUACCAAAUAAAUGAACACAUUGACUCGAUCUAUGCUGCUAGUUUUGUUUUUGGAAACUAAUGUAAUACUUUUUGUGCUUUCAGAUUUAGAAAUUUGGAAUUUGCUUUUAGGAUUGUAGAAAUCGGCCAUUAGAAUUAAUAUAAUUCUAUAAUUUCGUCACUAAGCGCAUUAGUUUAAUAUUAUUAUUUUUUUAUUCUAUAACUGUUUUUAGUCCGUUCUUCUUAACUAUUUUUUUUUUUUUUUUUUAAUGAACUUAUGGUCGUUUAACUGUUUACGUACGCCAGCUGGGAAGACACCUGCGCAACACAACCAUUUUGUGAACCACGGUCUAAAAAGGUAGUCUGGCAAGCUAUCAAAAAACAAACACACAGCGAUUUGCUACACCAUCCUCUCCCCUUCCAGCUUCAAAGUCCAAACAUUGCACUUUGAAGACCAGGGGACCAUCAGACCUUGUUGCUCUGUACCAGAGGUUUCUCCACAAGGAGCUAAGCAAUGUCCCUGGAGAGUGCUCAUGUCCACCCGGUCAUAGAUACCAUGAUCAACCUGACUGCGGGAGCUAUAGGUGGCGUGGCCUGUGUGCUGAGUGGCCACCCCUUCGACACGGUGAAGGUGAAGAUGCAGACCUUUCCCGGCAUGUACAGGGGCUUCGUGGAUUGCUCUGUGAGGACCUACAGGCAGGACGGGCUCCACGGGCUCUACCAGGGCACAAUGCCAGCACUGGUGGCCAACGUGGCCGAGAACGCCGUCCUGUUUGCGUGCUAUGGGUUCUGCCAGCAGCUGACCAGGACACUGUACGGACUGGAGAGAGUGUCGGACCUCAGUGACCUGCAGAAUGCAACCGCGGGUUCAUUUGCAUCCGUGUUCUCCUCCCUGGUCUUGUGCCCCACUGAACUGGUGAAGUGUCGAAUGCAGGCCCUGCAUGAAAUGAAAGUCACGGGUAAAACCUUCCUGCAUCAUCAGGUCUCCACGUGGUCUAUCAUGAGGAGCGUCAUGCAGACGGAGGGGCCCCAGGGCUUCUUCCAGGGCCUGACCAGCACCUGGCUCCGGGAGGUCCCUGGAUACUUCUUCUUCUUUGGGGGCUACGAGAUCAGCAGGACCUGCUUCACCAAAACAGGGCAGGCGAAGGGUGAACUGGGGGUGGUCCCGCUGGUUGUGAGUGGAGGGAUUGGAGGAGCCUGCUUCUGGCUUGCAGUUUACCCAGUAGACUCAGUCAAGUCCCGAAUCCAAGUUCUGUCAAUGGCUGGGAGACAGGCUGGGUUCCUGUCGUCUUUUAUCAACAUCAUUAAAACUGAAGGUUUCCUAGCUUUGUAUUGCGGACUGACGCCGACAGUUAUUCGAGCGUUCCCUUCCAAUGGAGCUCUCUUCCUGGCUUAUGAAUUAACCAGAAGAGCCCUCACUAACCAGGCUAGCAACCACUGACCCUGCAUCUUUCACAUGGGUUUUUAAACAAAAUUAAAAAUGAUUGGAGACACCUGCCACAACACUGUCAGCAAUGUAGGGACUGGAUGACGCUGAUCUGUCGUGACAGGGUCAUAUCACAAGUGUUUCUAAUAUAUUGUCCACACCUUGUCAAAUGUAGAUAUUUUCAUGUAUGUGUGUGUUAAUGUGGAACAUGUAACUGUAAGUGUUAUUACCAGUAUGUAUUUGAGUCACACUGUGGUUCAGUGUAUGUUUACACAUAGGGUAUGCAGCUCCAGUGUACUGGGCAUAUCUUAAAUCUGAACAGAGCUCACAUCUCAUCUUUUCUAAGGUGCUCUCAGUGGAAGUGCCUUCUUUUGAGAUUCCAUUUAUAAUUCAAAAUACACAAAAAUAACGGGGGCUUCCCUAGUCAGGAUAAUGCAGGAAAAACACGUAGCAGAAAACCUUAAAUCAGGAGAUGCCAAAGAAGAAGAGGUGUUCCCUGUCAUGCAUGUGUGCAGUCUUGACAUGGAGGCAUUUGUUCAGAGAGCAGACACGGGCAUUUGGGUUGAUUAGGAAUGGAAUACCUCUUUAACCCUUUCAGUCCUGAAUUCUUUUUGUCGGCAUUAAGUUAUGUAAUUAAAAAAGGAACUCCUUUACUGAGUAUACAUGAGAACAGGACAAUUAAAAAAAAGUUUUACAUAUAUUUCUACACUACCUUAGACUGGAGCCUAGGAGGUUCAAACGUGAUUUCAGACGACACAUAAGAUAAGGACCAGGACUGAAACAGUUUGUGUUACACAGAACUCCAGAAUUGAGGUCAUGCAGCACUUAGAUACGAGGUCUGAGUGUAGUUUAGUGAUUUUAACCAGUAUUUUCUCUUUUUUUGUGUGUGUGUACACGACAUGGCGAAAUAAAAUGCAUGAACUGUAAAACAAGUUUUCCAAGUGAAUC